AUGUUCAAUCUACGUAAUAGGAUUCUUCCUCCAGAUUUCUUGGCAGAAAAUCCUGAGGAAGCUAGAUUAUGUUUUUGGCUGCUUCAUCCUGAACCUUCUUUUCGCCCAUCAAUAAGAGAAAUUGUAGAAUCUGAUGUUAUUAAAGAUAUUGAAGACUUGAGCAACUCAUCAUCAUCCUUUAACCAUGAUGAUAUUGAUCAAUCAGAGUUGUUAUUGCAUUUUCUCAAUUCUCUACAGCAACAUAAGCAUGAUCGUUCCUCAAAGUUAAUUAAAGAAAUUACGUUAUUGGAGAAUGAUAUCGAGGAGGUUAAUAAAAGGCGGAGAAGAAUGUCAUUCUCACCUGAAGAUUUAGUCCAUGCAAGAGAAGAAGUUCCUCGUGAGUCAAGUUCAGGAGUGAAUUGUAACAAAUCCCCCCAGGUCAGCCACGAAGAGAUGUUGGUGAAGAAUCUUGAUCAGCUUGAAAAAACCUACUUUUCCAUGAGAUCUAAUGUUGGUAGUUCUAGUACUGAGCCGAUAAGAUGUGAUUUUAAGGAAAUGUGUAGUCAAGAAACUUCAUACCAGGCAAAGAAUGACGGAGAAAUGAAGAAAUCAACUGAUGACCUUGGGGCCUUUUAUAAUGGUUUGGGCAAGUAUGCUCGCUACACUAAAUUUAAAGUAUGUGCCACACUGAGUACUGAAAAUCUUUAUAACUUGAAUAUCAUAAGUUCCUUAAGUUUUGACCCGAAUGAGGACUACUUUGCUGUUGCUGGGGUGUCAAAGAAAAUAAAGAUACAUAACUUUCAUGCGGUCCUCGAUAAUACUGGUGAUGGCCAGUAUCCAGUUAUGCAGAUGUCAAACAACUCCAAGCUCAGCUGUACCUGUUGGAAUAACAAUAUCAGCAACUGUCUAGCCUCGAGUGAUUAUGAUGGAGCAGUGAAGUUAUGGGAUACAGAGACUGGUAAAGAAGUUAGCCGAUACACUGAACACAGUAAAAGGGCUUGGUCUGUAGACUUUUCACAGGUUUCUCCGACGAAAUUAGCUAGCGGGGGUGAUGAUUGCUCUGUGAAACUCUGGGAUACCAAUCAGAAGAGUAGUGCAAUGUCAAUCAGGAUUAUUUCACCUGUCUGCUGCGUUCAGUUCCAUUCAAAAUCCAGCAAUUUGCUUGCCUUUGGUGCUUCAAACUCCCAUACAUACUGCAUGGAUCUUCGGAAUACUAAAAAACCAUGGUGUAUGUUAGUCGGCCAUGCCAAUCCUGUUAGCUAUAUCAAAUUUUUAGAUUCAGAAACCGCCAUUUCUGCAUCCACCGACAGCACACUAAAAAUUUGGGACCUCAACAAGCGCGGAAGUUGCAUUUCAACCCUUGCUGGACAUACUAAUAAAAAGAUCUUUGUAGGUUUAUCUGUUACUGAUGAUGGUUACAUCAUGUGUGGUUCAGAAACAAAUGAGGUGUUUGCAUAUCAUAGAUCCUUUUCGAUGCCGAUCACUUCUCACAAGUUCGGUGAUGAUGAAGACGGACAUUUUGUUUCAGCUGUUUGUUCACGAAAGCAAUCUGAGCUGAUGGUUGCUGCUAAUUCCACUGGAUCCAUAAAAGUGUUGCAGAUGGUUUGAAUGAAUGUCCAGUUACUGCAAUUGAUCACAAAAUUGCAACGGUGUUGCUUCUUGUCAUGACAAACUAGACAUCCCGUAUCCUACUAAAUAAAAGAAACUGCUAUCAAAUUUUGGGUUCGCUAUGAUGGCAGCUUCAAAUGUGACUUGCAUUUGCAACUGAGUUCUC